AUGCAGUUUAUUGCACAAGCACCUGACCCACCAGACGAGCUCCCCGUCGUAGACAAUCUAGGCUCAGAAGAGAGUCCACCCUCUAAUAUCACGAUAGACAUCUGCGCAAUUAAUGCAGCCCCUUUCUAUCAACUCUUAAGGAAGCGCAACAUUGAAAUCUUUGCAGUCUCACUAGCCGAUGUCGAAAAGGCACUUGCAGACAAGAAACACACUGACCCGAAGACAAAACUGCCUCUUGACUAUUAG